AUGGAGAAAGGAGAGGUUCCAGCCGAUCGAAUGCCUCAUCUUGUGCACAGCCAUGCCCAUGAGGGUGAGAUUCCCGGUACUGUUGACUUGAGUGCCAUUGAGGGCGACGAUACAGCCUAUGGACAGGCGCUGUACCCUGUUCCAGCCGAGGAUCCCAAUGAUCCACUUCAGUUUCUCGCCGGGCUGAUCGGUGCCUCCAGGGCGACGACUUAUACUGGAUUGAUGAUUGCGCGAAUUUUUCAUGGUUUUGGCAGCGGAGUCUGUGAGAGUCUUCCUGUACAGCUGGUCAAUGACAUCUUUUUUAUCCAUGAGCGUGGGAAAAAGAUAGGUUACUAUACUAGAUCAACCGGUCCUUUAUAUGCCGGCUACAUGCUUGCGGGUGGUUUUUCAUGGAGACUCUUUUUCUAUGUUGAAGCUGCCUUUGCGGGGGCCUUACUCAUCAUGGCUUUCCUGUUUGUCGAAGAAUCUACAUAUCACCGCAAAGAAAAUUUACCGCCAUCAAGUUCCUCAAUUCAUUCUUUUGAACUUCAAGAUGGAAACGAGAAAACAGAACCUCCUGUUCAGCUGGAGAAUACGCCGUCCACAACCGUUCCACUCCGAAAUACAUUUUUGACAACUCUCAAACCCUGGGGUUCCAUUGACCCAGAGGCUGAGUUUUUCAUGACUAUUGCCCGAUCCUUCACAUAUUUCCUCGUACCAGCAGUGUUCUGGGUUAUCACCAGUUACGGUUUAUACAUUGGCCUUGGUGCCCUGGCGUUUAACUACACCUUUCCAAUUAAGAUCACUGCCCCCCCUUAUAACUGGAGUGAAACGAACUCUGGCCUAAUUGCCAUAGCCAGUUUUAUUGGCUACCUUCUUGCUGUCCCCUUCUCCUCGACCUCCGAUCGACUAGCUGCCUACCGGACGAGACGUAAUAACGGAAUCCGUGAAUCUGAAAUGCGUCUCCCAGCUUUAUUUCCUGCACUUCUUCUCGCCCCUGCGGGCCUGAUUGUGUAUGGAUUCAGUGCUCAACGCAAUCUACAUUGGAUUGGAUACUUUGCCGGAGUAGCUAUGAAUCAGUUCGCGUCUUAUUUUUAUUUUACGUUUACCUUGGCAUAUGCCGUGGACUCUUACUACGCGAAUACAUCGGAGAUGCUUAUUGCAAUGAACUUGGGCAAGCAAGCUAUCUCGUUUGGAAUGGGCUCCUAUCUACUUGAUUGGAUUCUGACGAGAGGAUAUGCGGUGGUAAUUUCGGGGAUCUUUGGAGGUGUUGUUCUCGCAAACAAUCUAAUGGUAGUCGUCUUUGUACUUUUCGGGAAGAGAAUCAGGAGAUGGACGGCCGCAUCUUGGCUGGGCAAGCUACACAAGAGGACUGCGACAAGGGAUAUGACACACUAG